AUGCAGGAGAGGCCACCCACUCUGGCGAUGGACAGGGAAGACAUGGAGGACUCUGGGGAGGAGAGUGCAUCUCGGCUGGUGGAGGAUUCAAGCGAUUACUCCGAGCUCUGGACAUCGGAUGGAAAGUCAGAACCAGAAGAACCUUGCUUGCCUGAGGAAAAUGACCUGGGAAGCACCUCUGAGAUCCUGGAGCUGAUUCCUUCAAACCCUCCUCUCAUCAAUGAUCUAAGGCCAGAGCCAAUGUUAGUCACCAUGGCCACUAGCCCAGUUCAAAACAUGCAGCGGCAGACCACGUUUAACAACACCUGCAUAGGAUCGGUACAUCAGAACAUCACACCUGCGGGACAGUCCACGUCUAUAGUCUCAAUCAACCCCACACAGCGCAGAGCUACAGUACAGCACCAGUUACACACAGCGCAGAGCUACAGCGGUACGGUACAGCACCGGUUACACACAGCGCAGAGCUACAGCGGUACAGCACCAGUUACACACAGCGCAGAGCUACAGCGGUACGGUACAGCACCGGUUACACACAGCGCAGAGCUACAGCGGUACGGUACAGCACCGGUUACACACAGCGCAGAGCUACAGCGGUGCGGUACAGCACCGGUUACACACAGCGCAGAGCUACAGCGGUACGGUACAGCACCGGUUACACACAGCGCAGAGCUACAGCGGUGCAGUACAGCACUGGUUACACGCAGAGCUACAGCGGUGCAGUACAGCACCGGUUACACACAGCGCAGAGCUACAGCGGUGUGGUACAGCACCAGUUACACACAGCGCAGAGCUAAAGCGGUGCAGUACAGCACCGGUUACACACAACGCAGAGUUACAGCGAUACGGUACAGCACCGGUUACACACAGCUCAGAGCUACAGCGGUGCAGUACAGCACCGGUUACACACAACGCAGAGUUACAGCGAUACGGUACAGCACCGGUUACACACAGCGCAGAGCUACAGCGGUGCAGUACAGCACCGGUUACACACAGCUCAGAGCUACAGCGGUACGGUACAGCACCGGUUACACACAACGCAGAGGUACAGCGGUACGGUACAGCACCGGUUACACACAACGCAGAGCUACAGCGGUGCAGUACAGCAUCGGUUACACACAACGCAGAGCUACAGCGGUGCAGUACAGCACCGGUUACACACAACGCAGAGCUACAGCGGUGCAGUACAGCAUCGGUUACACACAGCGCAGAGCUACAGCGGUGCAGUACAGCAUCGGUUACACACAACGCAGAGCUACAGCGGUGCAGUACAGCACCGGUUACACACAGCGCAGAGCUACAGCCGUGCAGUACAGCAUCGGUUACACACAGCGCAGAGCUACAGCGGUGCAGUACAGCACCGGUUACACACAGCUCAGAGCUACAGCGGUACGGUACAGCACCGGUUACACACAACGCAGAGUUACAGCGGUACGGUACAGCACCGGUUACACACAACGCAGAGCUACAGCGGUGCAGUACAGCACCGGUUACACACAACUCAGAGCUACAGCGGUGCAGUACAGCAUCGGUUACACACAGCUCAGAGCUACAGCGGUGCAGUACAGCACCGGUUACACACAGCGCAGAGCUACAGCGGUGCAGUACAGCACCGGUUACACACAGCGCAGAGCUACAGCGGUGCAGUACAGCAUCGGUUACACACAGCGCAGAGCUACAGCCGUGCAGUACAGCAUCGGUUACACUAGCUAA